AUGCCCAACCAAGCCGGAUUCCGUGCUGGACGUGGAUACACAGAUCAGAUAUUUACACUGAGGCACAUUCUCGAAUUCCGCCAUGGCUACCAACAACCGACGGCCGUCUGCUUGAUCGACUUUGCCGUUGCCUUCGAUUCCGUCCUUCAUGAGUUCAUAUGGUGGAUAAUGGCGCUGGAUGGUUUACCGCCAAAACUCAUUGCCAUGAUGAAAGCCUAUUAUCGCCUAACUACUGCGCGAGUCAUGGUUCCAAACCAUCUUUCCAAACCCUUUUGUGUUCGGUCUGGCGUUCGACAGGGUUGUAUUCUGUUGCCCUACGCUAUUGGCUGGAUUCUCAGGAGGGCUCUACACGAAAAUGACGGUGUGGAGUUUGCACCCGGACACCGACUGACUGAUCUUGACUUUGCUGAUGCUAUCGCCUUACUUGCCUCAAGUUUCGGUGAUCUGCAGUCCAUGGUGUCAGGGGUAAACGAGGUCGCUAAAUCAGUCGGUUCAUCCAUAAAGGCUGGGAAAACUAAAGAGUUUCCAAGCUGUAUACCUGACCAACAGAAGGCACCUCUGGGGACUGACGCCGGUCAGCUCGAAGAAAUAGGCAGUUUGAAAAAACCUCGGAGCGAGGCCGCUGCUGGAUGGGCAGUGUAA